AUGAACAUGCUCUUCACCUGGAAUACCAACAACCUCUGCAUCGUCUUCCGCCAAUGGCAUGUCCGCUCAACAACAUCCCUCUUCUUCUCCCUCGUCGCCGUCGUUCUCCUCGCUGUCGGCUACGAAGCCCUCCGCUCCCUCUCCCGCCGCCACGAAGAAGCGCUCGAUAACCGCGUCCGCACCGCCCCCAGUCUUGAUGUUCUUGUUACUGAGUCGACUCCCAUCCUUUCAGGGCAAUCCCAGGGACAAGCCGAUCAGCGCGCCCACCUUAUCAAGGCUGUCUUGUAUGGUCUGCAGAACUUUUACGCUUUUAUGCUCAUGCUUGUUUUCAUGACAUACAAUGGUUGGGUUAUGAUUGCUGUUUCGCUGGGCGCUUUUCUCGGAUACCUGGCCUUUGGAAAAAGAACUUCUGCUACGAAGGAUAACGCAUGCCAUUAA